AUGGCUGAUAAGUGUGAUAUAAAUCCAAAUGAUGGUGGCAACACUCCUAAGCAAGAAGAGAGACCCUCUGGUAAUUGGUGGGACUCAUGGUUAUCAUCCGCUAAGAGCAAGUCAGCUGAAGUGUAUACUAUGGUUAAGAAAGAUCUAGACGAAAUAGGUACAGCCGUUAAAAGUGAAGCCAGUCAUGUGUUCAGUUCAACAUCUAAUGUUAUUGGUAAAACUCUCAAGUUGGAUUCUCCUGAAUCACCUGCUAAUGUUAUGAAGAAAAGUUUGAGCACCUUUAUUGGUCAAGUCAGCACAGUUUUGAACCCUGAACCAGACGAUGAAGAUGAUACUGAAGUGAUACUAUCCUCUGGUGAUACCACUAUGCUGUCCACCUAUAAGAAAGAACUAGAAGCCCUCCAGCGCGUGGACGCGACGUACAUAGUGCCGGCGUACAGCCCCGAGUUUGAGGCGUGGCGUGCCAGCCUCGAGGACCCGGAGACGGUGCUGCCGCUGGCGUCGGCGGCGCGCCGCCUCGCCGCCGCGCCCGUGCUGCGCGCGCAGUACGACAGGCUGGUGCCGGACGCCGUGUCGCACGAGGAGUUCUGGGAGAGGUACCUGUUCCGCGUGGCGCUGCUGCAGGACCGGCUGGCGGCGGCGGCGCGGCGGCUGCCCGACGAGCCCUCGCGCGACCCCGUGCUCGCGCACCUGCCGCCGCAGGCCCCGCCCUCCCCGCCCGCACCCCCCGCGCCCCCCGCGCCGCCCGUCGACGUAAGCCCAAAGAAGGUGCUCUCCGGCAUUGUAGUAGAACCAACCAUUGAAAAAGACAUGGACAAUGUGAGCUGGGAAGAUGAAGAUUUCGCACAUGACGUAGAACUGACAGAAGAACAACAGAUACUCCUUCUAGAAGAGUAUGAGAAGGAGAUGGCUUCCAAAAAAACAAAACCCCGCGACGUUACAAACAAUAACGCGAAAGCAAAUAAUAAAGACAAGAUCAAUAAAUUAGAUAAAAUUAACAAAAAUGUCAAAUCGCCAGUCAAAAAGACAGACGAGUGUGGAAACAAUAUGGUCGAAGAUUAUUUUGGCGAUAAAGAAGUGAAAGAUGAUGCGAGCGCUAAUUCUGAUGAGAGUUGGGAAAAGGAGUUUGAAAUUGACGAACCGGUUGAACAGAAACCC